AUGUCGUCGAAUCAACCUUACGAGAACACUGGACUGGUAUCCUCAAAUUUUAAUGAACAAUCCGAUCUGAAAAAUUACUAUGAAGCUCUUAAACAGUUGGUGCCACAAGAAUCUAACGGAACCAAGGUGGUGGUACCAAUUUUCCCGUCUGACAAAGAGAAUGACUCUGACGUGUCGUCGUCUCUAAUGCAUAAAUCGUUGGACAGAUGGCCCACCUUAUUUGAGAUCUUGAAUAAAAAGACUCUAGCCACCGUGGAUCUUUGGUCUUUUUAUAUUUACAUGAGAGAUACACAGAAAUCCAUAGAUUACUUGGAUUUCUGGAUAGAUACGGUUCAGCAUAUUAAUCUCUGUAAGGUCUAUGUGAGAGGUCUCAGAGAGUCUUUGAUAGUCAAUGAGAGAUUGAAAGAAGCAGAUAAGCAAGAAAGCGAUGAACUGAGACGCGCUUCCAGUUCCAGACAUGGAAGUUUGAGCUCUCAAAAGAGAUAUUCAGCAGGUACUUCCAGUAGUAGAGAUUCGCGUUCUUCUUCGAUGUUGUUGGAUUUGUUGAUGAAAAACGACUUGCUAGAAGGUCAUGAUGCACACAGGUUGUCUUCUUUCCUUAGAGGAGAGGCGGCUGUGAGGUCUAGUGAUCCUGUAGUUAAUGCCAAGAUUGAAGAAUUGAAGCGCAGAUCGCAAGCCGACCAGCGGGCAUUACUUCAAUAUCAGGCACAACUUCCUCUUCGUGAGCAAAAACUUGAAGAUGAUGAUGACGAUGAUGAUGAGUUUAAUGAAGGAGACACGACUUUUGGUGAAAAGCCUUACGAGCAUACGUCAAGAAUUGACUCGGAAAUGGUGGAAGCGUUCAUCCAAGAGGAUAUUGGUGGAAAUAAUAAAACUUUCAAGGAUCUACAUUACGUAACCCGAGUUACGCUUAGGCAAUCUUCAAGGAACAUUUUGAACACUUACUUCUUGAAUGGUUCUGAUAGAAGGAUUCUUAUUCCUGAUGAAAUGAGGCAAAGAGUAAUAUAUGCCAUUGAAACGGUGGGUCGUGACGAUCCGGAAGUAUUCGAUGAGUGCAGAGAGUACGUUUUUAAGGCAAUGGAACAUGAGGCAUAUCCAAACUUUCUUCGAGAUUCUGCGAUGUGCAAUGUCACAUCGAGAUCUGCAGUGAUACGGAUGUUUUUGGCCAUUUUCUGUGCAUUUGCUGCCUUCUGGACUGGUUACACCUUAAUAUUUUUGAACUAUAAACCGAAAAGCACUCGUGCUGUUGUGACCAUUCCAUUCUUCCUUGCUUCCUACUUCCUUUUCAGUUCUUUCUAUCGCGUGGAUCCUAUAUUAUGUUUUUUGGGACUUGCGGAGAGCCGUGCCUCUCAUGGUGGUUUCAUCAAGAUAAGGGAGCCAUUUGUGAGGAAGUUGCUUUUAAAGAGAUCGCUAUUUGUGUUGCUAAUGAUUUGUUUAGUGGCGGCCGCAUUUAGCGUGUUGUUUGCAUUGGUGCCAGGAAAUCGUUUACAUCACUAG